AUGAGCCUUAACGUGAACCGCUGCGCCGUUGUGCUGGACGUUCGAGAGCAGUGGGAGUGGGAUCAAGGGCACGUCAGCUGCGCAACGCGUCUUCAGGUGCAGAAGGAGCCAGCUGGCUGGCAGCAGGCUGUGGCUGACUUGGCAGAGAAGGACACCCCAAUCGUUGCCUACUGCGCGGCCGGGGUGCGUGCCCAAACUGCGGUGCUGCUGCUCCAGGUAGAGGGCUACAGCGACGUGGCCAAUGGAGGUGGCUAUAGCUCACAGCUGGAAG